CCGCCUAGAUUGCCCUGCCCUAGCGAGGUGGGUCUCCCCGUGUUAAACAAUUGUAUUAAUUAAUUAAUGAUAAAUAUUUACUGGAAGACUGCCUUUCUUGUACUCCAAUUAUUCCUAUUUCUGCCGUUCUUUCUCCUCUCUUUUGGUUCUCAACUACAGCUCUAUUCUCUUUCUGGAAAUUUGAAGAUGGCCAAAAGUUCUUUUAAACUAGAGCACCCCCUUGAAAGGAGGCAGGCUGAAGCUGCUCGAAUCAGGGACAAGUAUCCGGAUAGAAUUCCGGUGAUUGUGGAGAGGGCUGAAAAGAGUGAUGUACCUGAUAUUGACAAGAAGAAAUAUUUGGUUCCUGCUGAUCUGACUGUAGGUCAGUUUGUGUAUGUGGUACGAAAGAGGAUCAAGCUCAAUCCUGAGAAAGCUAUCUUCAUUUUCGUCAAAAAUGUUCUGCCACCCACUGCGGCACUGAUGUCUGCCAUAUUCGAGGAACAUAAGGAUGAAGAUGGCUUCCUUUAUAUGACCUACAGUGGUGAGAACACAUUUGGAGUCUUGUGAAAAAUGAUCAACUUACUUGGAUGUGAAUAAGGGCUUGCAAAAAUCUAGGAGAAAAAGGAGUUUACAGAGUUCAGAUAAUUUGUAAAUGCUCUGGGGCUCCAUUAGUUUGAUGUUUUCUUUUAAGUUAAUGCACAUCGGGUGACAUCUUUUAUAAAAUUUGGAUAAUAAAUAUUUAUAUUAACAUAA